AUGUCACUCUUGCUCUCCUCCCUCCCCAAUCUCGCGGAUCUCACAAGCUGUAUUACGAAACAAGAUUUAUAUCCUACUGCCCACGGCGGUUUCGCAGAUAUAUGGUUAUGUACAUUAAGAAAUAAAUCGUAUGAGCCAAUUACACAAAACGUGGGUGGAUGGUUUGCACAUCAUUCCCUUUGUCAUCCCUCAGACCUCACCCAGGUCGCCGUCAAAGUUCUUCGUUCGUUUGGUAGCCCGGGUGCCGAUGGCGAAAAGAAGUACCAAAAGAGACUGCGGCGUGAGUUGGCAGUCUGGCUGAUGCUCAAGCAUCCUCAAGUAUUACCGCUUUACGGUGUUGUCUCGGACUUCGGGCCUUGUCCGUCUAUGGUCUGCCCAUGGAUGGAGAAAGGGAAUCUGAAUGAUUAUCUCGGAAGCGAGGGCAAAUUACUGAAUCUUGAAGGUAGAUACAAAAUCCUGCGGCAAGUUUGUGCUGGACUCGCCUAUUUACACUCUUGCUCGGUGGUACAUGGCGACUUAACAGGCUGUAAUGUUCCCAUCAGCGAGGCCGGAGAUGCAUGUUUGAGCGACUUCGGUCUAUCGACCAUGAUUACGGAUUUGCAGGGUGGUGCGUCUGCCACUUCGUCGAUUGGGGGAAACGUUCGAUACGCAGCCCCCGAACUCUAUCAUGUCAGCGGGGACGACGUCCGAACGAUUCCGACUACCCACAGCGAUAUAUAUUCCCUUGGUAGUGUCAUCCUUCAGACAUUCACCGGACUGAUGCCCUACCAUUAUCUAAGGAUAGAUGGUCAGGUGCUGAUUGAGCUAUCUCGAGGUGUGCCCCCACAUCGACCCUCGGACCCGAUCAUCACAGAUGCACGCUGGAGGUUGUUGUGCGCUUGCUGGGAAACUCAUCCGCCGGGCAGACCCACAUUGCAAGCCAUCAUUGGAUAUCUCGAAGAUCCCGAUGGGAUAUUCCAUCCAGUGUCGCUUGACCUGCCCCAUCUAACCAACAUCAAAUUCGACUCUAUUGUCAAUGUAUCUCAUUGCCGACAUAUGGAGUGUUGGAAGGCUCCUUACGCGGGUCAUGUUGUCAUCGUCAAGGUGUUCAGACUUCUUACAGACAAUUAUGUGGUUCUGCAGGAACUGCGUAGCGUUGGGACAAUACGACACCAACACCUAGUUCCCUACGUUGCUACUAUAGAAGAUGAAGAUGGCUCGCUGGGGGUCGUCAUGCCAUUGAUAUCUGGGCACAGUCUCCGUGCAUACCUACAAAACAUAUCUCUCUCCUUUGAUCGGAAGCUCACUCUUAUUGCCAAUGGCUUGUCAUAUCUUCAUUCCAUGUUUAUCGUCCACGGUGGGCUGAACGCUUGGAACAUUCUCAUCACCGACAGCGGCUGUGUGAAGUUGAGCAAUUUUGGGAUCAUGCCUAUCCUUUACAAGCGUACUGCGUCCUCCAAAAUCUUUGAAACUUACGGUGAGGAUUGGCGAUGGGCUGAUCCGAUCCUUUGGCUCGGGUACAUCGACGGUCAAACUAGACCAUCAGAGACAUUUGCCACUGAUGUCUAUUCAUACGGGAGUGUAGUGUACCAGAUAGUGACCAACAGGAAGCCGUUCCAAGACGUCUGGGAUGGCAAUGAAGGAGGGUUCCAACCUAUUCUUGAAGGGUAUACAUUCAAUACGUUUCGCCCGCCUCAGCUUGAGAAACGGGCGGUUUCUCAAGGUAUUUUGGAGCUCAUUGAGAGCUGCUGGGCGGUUGACCAUCAGGCGCGGCCGACGAUGCAAUCAUUAUCGUCCAGAAUCCACUCCUCCGCUACCGGCCUAUUGCUCGCUGCAUUGUGCAUUGAUACCUUAUAA